CACUAGCUAUGUCAAUGUGAAUGAACUCACCACACAGCUUUUGAUUGUUGCUAAUUUUGCAACACUGUUAUUAUCAUUAUUUAGUGUUCGAAUGUUUGCGGAACAUGGCGUGUUUCUUCAGAAGAAGAAUAGCAGCAAAGCUGGGUCAGACGCUGCAGCAGUCUGAAGAUGCCUUCAUACCAGCUCUGUCAGCAAUUCCAGUUUUUAAGAAACAGCAGUCUGCUGACUUCAAACUGUCCAUCGGCGCAUUACGGGUCAGUGGGAUUUUACCAUCCAGUGGUGACAUUCAGCUGCAGACAGAAGACUUGGCCACUCGGUUGAAGCAGGACAGUGUGGUGGAAGACAUAUCUACUGGAAGUGGAAUGAUCAACUUCAAAGUGAAUCGCAAACUCCUUGUCCAGAAAAUGUUGGAGCCAUUUGGAAAGCAGGAGGAUGAGAAAUUUGGGUUGAAUAGUGAACUUUUAAAUACUCUCAAGAGAGGAACAACAUUAGUUGAGUACAGCUCUCCAAAUAUUGCCAAAAAAUUUCACGCUGGACACUUAAGAUCUACAAUUAUUGGUAACUUCAUUGCUAACUUAAAGCAGUCUCUAGGAAACAAAGUCAUUCGAAUGAACUACCUGGGAGACUGGGGUAUGCAGUUUGGUUUACUGGGAGCUGGGUUCGGCCAGUUUGGAUGUCAGGAGAAACUGAAACAGAAUCCCUUACAACAUUUGUUUGAGGUUUAUGUUCGAGUGAACAAGGAAGCAGAGGACAAUGAGGAUAUGAAACAGGCUGCCAGAGACUUCUUUAGACAGCUGGAGCAGCAUGAGAGCGAGGCCGUGUCGUUAUGGCAACAGUUCAGAGAGAUCACGGUGGACGAGUAUCAGCACAUUUACAAGAGGUUGGGCAUCCACUUUGAUAUUUACUCUGGGGAGUCUUUUCACCAAGAUCAAGCCCAGGAGGUGGUGCAGCAGCUGCAGAGCCAGGGCCUGUUGAAAACCUCUGAGAGAGAAACAGGCGUAGUGGAUCUCUCUCCUGCUGGAGACAUGAGCAGCGUCUGCACGGUGCUGCGCAGUGACGGCACGUCUCUCUACAUCACCAGAGAUCUCGCUGCAGCGAUUGACCGAAAGGAAAAAUACAGUUUUGAUGAGAUGAUUUAUGUGACGGAUAAAAGUCAAGCUAAUCACUUCCAGCAGUUGUUCCACAUCCUGCUCGCUCUGGGACACUCCUGGGCCGACAGUUGUCACCAUGUGCCCUUCGGCCUGGUGCGGGGGAUGAAGACCCGCAGCGGUGAGGUGGUGUUUCUGGAGGACGUGCUGGACGAAGCUCGAGCCAGGAUGUUCCACAACAUGAGCCAGUCAAAAACUACAAAAGAAAUGGACGACCCAGAGGACACUGCAGAGAAAGUGGGAAUCAGUGCACUUAUAGUCCAGGACUUCAAAGGUCCACUGCAUUCAGACUACACAUUUGACUGGGACAGGAUGCUGCAGGCGCAGGGAGAGACGGGAGUGUUCCUCCAGUACACACACGCUCGACUCUGCAGUUUAAUGCGGAGUAAUGAAAGUAUAGAGGCAUCUAUAUCUGAUCCAUCCCUUCUACUGGAGCAGACAAGUAUCAGCAUCCUGCAGCACCUCCUUCGUUACGACGAGGUGCUGUACCAGUCGGCCCAGGAUCUGCAGCCCAAACACCUCGUCAACUUUUUAUUGAAGCUGUGCCACCUGGUCGCUUUAGCUCACAGAGAGCUGCCAGUGAAAGGAAGCCCUCGGGAUGUUGCACAGGCGCGGUUAUGUCUCUUCAGCGGGGCCUGCUCAGUCCUCGCCAACGGGAUGAGGAUCCUGGGCAUCACACCAGUUGAUAAAAUGUAAAACUCUACAGAGUUUCUUACCUUAUCAGUGUUAUGUUAACUGCUGUAGGUACCAUACUGCUAAAGCUCAUUUGCACUGUAAAUAAAAAGCCUUUUAUUUUCAAAAUAAAAUCAUCUUACCUCACAGA